GACCGCACUGCAGAGCCGGCACCAGCAUGGAUGAGGUGGACCUGUGGGCCAGUACCCUGGUCCAGCUGAUGGCUGUGAGGAAGCCAUUUGACACCUGGAAGCUGCUCCCUGAUGAGAACCUGGUUGCAGGGCAGGUGGAGGGCAGCGGCCACCAGUACCGGCUAAGGGGGCUUUCAAGGUUCGAGUGCGGCCUGUGCCAGUGGGGCUGGGGCUCUGCCCACAUCCACAUUCUUUUCCACCUGUGCUGGGACGAGGACCAGCGCCUGGGGCUGGUGAAGAUGCGCAUCUGGGGCCAGCAGUGCCGCCUGUGUCCACCCGAGCACGCCAGGCCUUGCCGGGUGAGCCUGCUCAAUGUGCGGCUCUUCCUGGGCAAGCUGGUGCUUUACAUCCUGCACAAAUGCUAUGGGGAGGGCCCCAACACCCAGUGCCCAGAGCUUGGCUUUGGGGAGUGCUGUGAGGCCUGUGGUCAGGGUGUCUGCUUCUUCCUCAAGCCCCUGGAUCCAGCCUGGGGGCCAGAGGCCAAGCCGGGAUUUGUGCAAAGCAGGUACAUGCUGUUCGAUGAUGACAACGGCUGGGAUAGGCCUGGUUGCCAGCAGCUGCUGGCCCUCGGUAGCGGGACACUGGUGGAACGCAUCUGGGGGGACCCCCCCAACACCAUCCCGCUCCCCUUCUCUGUGACUGAUUUCAUUAGGAGCCCACUGGUCAAGUGCAACAGCUUCAUCAACGACGAUGACAUUGUCACCGUCCCCUUCUCCCUGGAGGGGGUGGGGAGGGCCAAGGAGCCCUUUGCCUGUGCCCUUCCGGAAGGCAGCACAUUUGGCAAAGGCUUCAUCUACCUGCCCACCAAAUCUAUGGCACCUGAGAAGAGCCAGCGUCUCGUGGUAACCAUCUGUGAGCCCGUGUUUCGGGGCCGUGGCAUUCUGUUCAAUAGCCGGGCCCGGGACUUCCGAGGCUUCAUUUUCCAAGGCCGUGGGGCCCUCUCCAGUUCACUGGGUGUCAAUAGUAGCCUGGACCGGGCCAGCAAGCGACCACAGAUAAUGUCCUACAUUGUGGGGUACAUGGGCAGCGGGGAAGGCUCCAUCACUUUCCCCUUGUCCCUGGCCACCCUGGUCACUGGCAAAGACCCCUUCACUUACAUUGAUGGCUCCAUCACCUUCCCCUUUAUCUUCAUAGAUGAUGUUAACGGCAAAGAGGGCCUCACCAGGGGCCUGGGAGGGUGUGGGCGGCGGGGGGCCAAAGGGCAUGGCCCCAGUCUGGGCCCUGUGCUGAAUGGGGAGUUCCAAGAGUCCUUGAGCAAGGGCUCUGUCUCCCUGCCCUUCUCCAUCUUCACCCUCAUUAAGCGCACAGGCCCGCAGAGCAGCCACCUAUUCCACCGAUACUAUCGCCGCCAGCAGCAGUGUUGGCAGCAGGCUGACACCUGGGGGUGGGAGGAUCCCCUCUCUAAUGACUUCUGCUAUCUGGCUGGCUGCUGCGAGCCACCCUCAGAGUCCUCAGAGGACUUCUGGAUCUGGGUGUCCACCAUUAUUUUCAUCCUCUGGGUCAUCUACCUGCAGAAGUCCAGCCCUGACUACCAUCUGGGCUUGUGAAUAGCCAGCCUCCCCACACGGUGCCCAUGGCCACAGCAACUGCACACUCCCCCAACCCUGCACAGUCCUGUCCCCCACAGAGGCCUAUGCCCCCCCACCCAAUGCCUAUGCCCCGACUCUUGUGAUGGUCUGUCCCCUGCUUCUCUGACAGCUGGCAGUGAUAUGGUGUCUUGUGAUGUAAGUAUAGCAGUGCAUGUACCUGCUUCCCCAUAAGUUCUGGAGUCAAUAAAAUGGUGAUCAUGUGAA